AUGGCGUCAGGAAUGCAACACAAAAAUGCGAUAAGCACAGCCACAGAGGGCUUGAUCCAAGCUCAACUUGAGCUCUACCACCACUCCUUGGGGUACGUGAAGUCUGCGGCGCUCAGGGCUGCCGCAGAACUAGGCAUCCCGGAUGCCAUCCAUCGCCACGGUGGUGUGGCCACGUUGUCUGACAUUGCCACAGAAACUGGGAUCCACCCAAGCAAGUACUCCCACCUCCGUCGGCUGAUGCACACGCUCACCGUCACGGGCAUCUUCUCCGUCGAAGGCUAUGACAAUGAUGCCGGGUACAAGCUCACUCUUGUCUCCAGCGUCCUUGUCGAAGGAGGCGAGAGCAUGUGCAACCUGUCUCCCAUGGUGCCUCUGCUUGUCGAACUGCUGAAGCUGACCAUGCUCUUCGACAUAAAAGUGUGGUUCACCGACGAGCAGGCGUCAGCCAUGACACUAUUUGAGGUGGCGCAUGGCUGCACACCAUCGGAAAUGAAAGCCAAGAAGGGCACAGGUGGCAUAUUCCAGGCCGCCAUGGUCGCCGACACCAACCUCGUCAUGGAGGUAGUCCUCAAAGACCACAUGGGCAUUUUUAAGGGGGUGAGCUCGCUUGUUGAUGCGGGCGGUGCCCAUGGUGCCGCAGCCGCAGCAAUCUCCAAGGCCCUCCCACACGUCAAGUGCACUGUGCUAGACCUCCCACACGUGAUUGCUGGCGCACCUACCAGCCGCGACGUCCAGUUUGUUGCUGGCGAUGUGUUUGAGUACAUACCACCAGCCGACGCUAUCCUUCUCAAGUGGAUUCUAUGCAUAUGGCGAGACGAAGAUGCCGUCAAGGUACUACGCCGGUGCAAGGAAGCUAUACCAGCUGGAGGGAAGGUGAUAAUCUUCGAUGGCGUGGUAGAUUCUGGGGCGUCACAGAAUGUUAUUCUUAAGGAGACACAAGUUCUAUUUGAUAUCAUGAUGAUGGGCAUCGAUGGGGUCGAACGAGACGAGCAGCAGUGGAAGAAGAUGUUCGUUGAAGCAGGAUUUGGGGACUAUAAGAUCAGUCCAGUGGGACAUCGGUCCAUCAUUGAAGUCUACCCAUGA